UUAUACAGGGAAAUUUGUCAAUGUGAAAACGCGCAUAUCAGUCCAUAGCAAGUAUAACUGCUGUCAAAAGAACAACAUAAAGCUAGAUUCCAUACCAAGCAACUGCUGUCAAAGAAUAACAUAAAGUGACCAAAAUGUCAUUUCGGAAUAUGUGCACAUUCGAGCCCCGUGGCGUUCUUGCAAUGAUGGUUCAAUUUUUUGUCCUUUUGUUGAUGGUUUGGACAGUGACCCUAUCCAUUACAGACCAAUCGGCCCUCCCCGGCGGGCACCUGUUUUCCCUUAUUAUCCUCUUUGUUAGCGCCGUGUCGGGAGGAUAUAUAUUUUCUUUGAUUCGUUUACCACCAUUACUGGGUAUGAUCUUGGCGGGAUUUGGUCUAAGUAACCUUCCUGUGGUUUGUUUGGUCGGACAGAACGUGACGCCAAUUUGGUCCGGAGCUUUAAGGAGGAUAGCGUUGACUGUGAUCUUAAUCCGUGCGGGACUGGGACUCGAUCCGGUGGCGCUCAAGAAGUUGUCCAGGACAGUGAUCAAACUAGCCUUCUUACCGUGUAUCUCUGAAAGUGUGAUAUGCGCAGUAACUUCUCACUAUCUGAUUGGUCUUCCAUGGGAUUGGUCAUUUAUGUUAGGAUUUGUGUUGUCUGCUAUUUCUCCCGCUGUCGUUGUACCCGCCCUCCUAAAUCUCGCAGAGAGGGGAUACGGAUUAGACAAGGGCAUCCCCACCCUAGUCAUUGCUGCCGCCAGCAUUGACGAUGUCGUCUGCAUCUCAGGGUUUGGAAUUGCUCUUGGAAUUGCAUUUUCUACAGGUGACCUGGCGUUGACAAUAGCAAGAGGACCGCUAGAGGCAAUGUUGGGCGUAGCGUAUGGUGUCGUUUUAGGGCUAUUUUUAUGGAUUAUUCCAGCAAAAGAUAGUUCCAAUCUUAUUUUCUAUCGUGCCAUGCUGCUAUUUUCUGGAGGAAUGCUGGCGACAUUCGGUAGUGUGUAUGCCGACUUAUCGGGAGCUGGGCCACUGGGUUGUCUUGUCUUAGCUUUUGUUUGUGGAAUCAGAUGGCGAAAAGAAAGUACAAAAGAACAGUAUGCCGUUAUUACGGACGCCGUGGGACUGCUGUGGAUGAUCUUCCAGCCUCUACUGUUCGGACUAAUUGGUGCCGCGGUCAGAGUGGAACAUAUACAGAACCUUAGGAUCGUCGGACUUGGAAUAGCAGUUCUUUUCAUUGGUCUAAUGAUAAGAUGUCUUGUAACAUUUGUAGCCGUUUUCAGAUCUGGGUUGAACUUCAAAGAGCAAUUGUUUGUAUCGCUGGCCUGGAUUCCAAAAGCCACCGUGCAGGCGGCGAUAGGUGGUUUGGCGCUUGACCAGGCUACACAUGACAAGGAUGAGGAACUAAAACCUCUUGGAAUAAUUGUUCUGACUAUAGCGGUAUUAUCCAUAAUGAUCACCGCCCCUAUCGGGGCCUUAGCUAUAGCAGUGUCAGGACCAAGGUGUCUGAAACACGACAGUGAACAUGAAAGGCGGGCUAGUACGUCACAAAACGAAGAAACGACAGAUAAUACUCAGGCGAGAAAUGGUGUGAUUUGUAAUGGAAAUGUGAGGGAAAAAGUAAUUGAAGAUGAAAAUGUUGACAUUGUUGUAACACAUAUUUGAGAAUAUAUUGGGAUACUUGAGAAAUAAGUUAUAAGUUUCAGGCGCGGGUCCAGGAUUUUUUCCAGAAGGGGGAGGGGGGAGGUUGGGUUCCAACCCUGUCCAAAAAAAUCCAACCUUGAAAUUUGCCACACACCUUUAUAUAAUCAGCAUCAACAUCAUCAUGUUGUUACGACCUCGACACCUGAACUCGAUCAUUCAUCGCCAGUGACUUCUUAGAAAUGACUUUAAGUAAGGUUU